UACUGUUUUAGCCUCAUCCUGACUUCAGUCUCUUUGAAAGAAGCCAGUCAAUCUUUGAAAGCAGUGUAUUAUGUAUUGUCAUCAAAAGUUUUAGACCAAAAGACUAUCAAGCAUAUGAACGAAAUAAAUCUCAAAAUUUCUAAUUUUCCAAUCGAAAUUGAAUCAAUCGAAAACUGCUAUGAGGACAGGUACACUAAUGAAGAUCAGUCCAUAUUUUCUGAAAACAUCAAUCCUGACCACCAUACAGAGGAGGAUUUCUUAAACCGAUCUACUAGAAAUGAAUUUUCACACUGGUCUAAGGAAAUUUUACAGAAUGUUCAUGAAGAAAUAGACGAGUCAAUCUUUGUAGAAGUUCAAGGAAACAAACGCUAUUCUACAACAAUUGCAGACAAAAUUCAGAAGCUUUUCAUGCCUACUUUUCCUUUAUGGUCUAACUUGCUUCUAGGAGAUUUGUCAAGACAUGGAAUGUCUGAUGCCUACUCUUCUUUUAAGAUCCCGAAUAAAAUAGAACGAGGAAAUUCUGGUAUUGAAAAGAGAUUUCAGGUUUUGAAAGACAUUGCAUUUGAUGGGAAAACAACAAAAAGAUUAGACGAAUUUUCGGCAAACUUACAGGAACAUAUCACCGCCGUUCAAGAUGUUGCCAUUCUUCAGACUGUGAAAAAAGGUGGCAAAAAAGUAUCAAGAAUUGGUCGAAGCAGUAAGACGAUAGAGGAAAUGUGGGAUAAGAAGAAGACUCCUAGUACGAAAAUCAUAAAAGGGAAAUAUCAAAAAGCUCCGACUGAAAAAAUAUUACAUAUUACAAAUACCAAACAGAAGAAAAAACAAAUGGUUCAAAAGAGUUCAGUAGAAAAAGAAGAUAGUGGAAAAGAACAAGAUAAAGAUAGAUGUUCGUACACUAACAACAUAAAACUAGACAAGAACAUGAGGAAACUAAAUAAGAAGACAGAAGUAAGAAUAGAUGCUGAAAGAAAUGAAUUAGAAAUAGAAGACAGAGAGGUAGAAUUCGUAAAAACUAGAAUUACUGGCAUCAUGAACAUUGGCAAUUCCUGUUGGUUCAAUGCUUUACUUGUGACGAUGGGAACUGUAGAUGCAGUAAAAAUUGGACUGGACCACUAUAAUGAAGACCUCACAUUUUGUCCUGGCCUAAGUGACGUCUUGAAAGUAAUGAACAACAAUCACCGUGGUAGAGAAGUUCAAGAAGUGGACAUAGAGGAUGCUUUAAUUUCUUGCCAGAAAAAAUAUGGUCUAAAUUGUACUCAACAGAACGAUGCAGAAGAAUUUCUAAGUACUGAAAUUGCAGAUCUGUUUGCAGCUGUAGGAAGUGAUCAUAUGAUAAAGAUACGUGAGGUUGUUACAUGUGUUGACUGUGGAAAUGUUGGUGUUCAAGAACAACAGUAUCCAAGUUUGCAAUUGUGUAUACCAAAAGUUGCAAACGCAUCGUUACAGGAACUGAUUGAUCAUCACUUUCGCGACGAAGAAAUGGAAAAUGCUCCUUGUGAACAAUGUGGGGCCAAAAAAAGAUUUAAAAAAUGCGUGCCAGUUUACCUUCCUUCCACAAUUGUUAUAUCUAUCGAAAGAUAUCAUUUCAAUGAAUUUGGCCGCCUUGUUAAGGACAGAACAUGCAUCAACACUGACCAACCUAUUAGUUUCAAGAACAUUGGAGGUUUAGUCACGGAAUUAUAUGAGUUUCGUUCGGCUGUUCUACAUCUUGGCCUUACUCCGACAUCUGGACACUAUACGUCUGUUAUCAAAGCAGGUAAAAAAUUUAUAACUAUCGAUGAUGAACUAAUAAAAAUAAAUCAGAGACAUUCUUUGAAUACGGAUGGUUAUAUUGUUGUUUUUAGAUCUGCAUGUAUGACAGACACAGAUGAGAUCAAGGUAGCAUGUACGUGUUUAGCCAAUUCUGGUUGUUUGGAGUUACUUACUCUCCAUAUGGACAAUUCACUAUUUGUAUCACCACAAAGACAACUUAUUGUUGAAAGGCUCCAUCAUUUGAGAAUGUCUGAUUAUUAUACCCCAAAUGAUCCGGAACUGUUAUUUCUGAUUCGAAACAUUCUUACAUCGUCUGAUGUUUACAUCGUUACAACGCUACGCAACUACUUACUAUUGAUGUCGCCAGUUGAAAGAAAAUCAAUCUACGGACUUGGACUGAUCAGGAAGUUUGUAUGCCCAACAUGUCAGAUAUCAGAAACAUCACAACACCACGAAGCAGUAGUCAGUUCAAAAACAAUUUGGGAUACAGAGAUGGGAACCGAUCAUGGAAUGGCAUGUCAACAUUGUGGACGUAUUCAGAUGGUACAAGAGUGUGUUUCGUCCGUCGGUAGGACUGUUAUAGUUGAAAAAAAAGGUGGAGAUGAAUGGCCUUUUCAUAACAUUGAAUUAGAUAUCACAAAACAGAUAAAUAAGAUCUAUUGAUACGAAUCAGUUACUCUGAAAUUGGUUGCAUGUUAUUCCCCAGAAAAAUGCACAGCUGUUCUGUUAUCAACUGAAGAUUUUAUCUAUGUGGAUAAUUCCAGAUGCGUAAAGCACCUAUCAGCUACCCAGUUCGAACAGUUUGUGUCAGGAAGUGAUAUAAUCGCCUUUUGUGACACGAAGAAGAUACAGACAACGAGUGGUAUCAACAAAGCUAAUGGAAAAUCAUUUGCAGAAAUGUUUAAUUGGAAAGGAAACAUACAGUUUUUCGAUACAGCUAUAGAAAAGCAGGAUAUCGAUAUCGUGGAAAUGUUCCCAGACUGCAUCGAAUAUAAAGGUUAUAAAUUAGAUGAACUCGAAGUCAAAAGGUAUUUGUCGGGAUGGUUAAACGACGACCAUAUCAAUCUGUAUGCAUCUGCAAUUUUAACUGAAGACAAAGCAAACGACCUUCGUAUCCUUCCGGCAUCAUGGUAUCGGUUAAAUCUUGAUGUGGACACCUUCUCGGGUGAAUGUGACAAGGUUAUGACAGAAAAGACGGUUUUGAUGCCGGUUAACAUUGACAAUAAACACUGGAUUUUACUUGCGAUUCUAGCUGAUGAAAAGACAAUCGUCUAUAUGGAUC